AUGGACGUCUCUCGAAUCAUCAAGCCCUGGAAGCUCAAUUCGCACCGAAGCCUAGUUUUCGUGAACACGACCAUCAUCGACCCCGUUGAAGGAAAGCUCAUCCAAGACGCCACAGUUCGCAUCUCUAAUGGCCAAAUCACUGAAGUGAAAACCUCCGACUUGGCAACCGUGAGUGAAGAUGACUCUUCCUCCGUGAUCGACCUCAACGGGAAAUACCUGUGCCCAGGCCUAAUCGAUUGCCACGUCCACAUCGCCGUGGUCCCCGGCGAAGCCGACCUACGUGCCUACAAAGACAUGACAGAGCGGAAAUCUCUCCUGCGCCAGCCCCACGUCCUGAAGACGAUGCUCUCACGCGGCUUCACCUCGAUCCGCGACUGCGGUGGCGCAAGCCUGGCCGUGAAAGAAGCCGUUGAAGAAGGCGUCCUCCCCGGACCCCGUCUUUUCAUGGCCGGCUACGCACUCUCCCAAACUGGAGGCCAUGGCGACAUGCGCGGUCGCCACGAAGAGCAGCUAUGCUGUGGUGGGUCGAUAUCUGGUAUUAGCAGGAUCGUCGACGGGCCUGCGGAAUGCUACAAGUACGCGCGUGAGGAACUCCGCCAGGGUGCGGAUUUCAUCAAGAUCAUGGGCGGUGGCGGAGUCGCGAGUCCGACAGAUCGCAUUGAGCAUGUGCAGUUCUCUGAUGAGGAGAUUAAGGCUAUUGUAACCGUUGCGCGGAAUGCUGGUACCUAUGUUACGAGUCAUAGUUAUACGCCGCAAGCUAUUCAGCAGGCGAUCAAUCUAGGUGUGCGUGGGAUUGAGCAUGGGAAUUUGAUUGAUCUCGAGACUGCGACGAUGAUGGCUGAGAAGGGGGUGUUCCUUACGCCUACUCUGAUUGCGCAUGUCAUGUCUAAGCAGAUGAAUUUCUUGCCGGCGGAUGGCGCGGCGAAGAACGAUGAAGUUCUUGAGAAGGGGCUUAGGGCUAUGAAGAUGGCUGUUGAUGCCGGUGUGACUGUUUGCUUUGGGACGGAUCUUUUGGGACCCAUGCAUUUUGCCCAGAGUAAGGAGUUCUCUGUUCGGAGUAAGGUUCUUACUCCGAUUCAGAUUCUGCGCAGUGCUACGGUCAAUGCGGCUCGUUUGCUGAUGCAAGAGGAGAGACUGGGACAGGUGAAAGAGGGCUUCGUGGCGGAUUUGUUGGUUCUUGAUCGGAAUCCGUUGGAGGAUAUUACAGUUUUGGAUAGAGUGGAGGAGAGUAUUUUGGGUGUUAUUAAGGACGGAAGGGUUAUGACUUCUCGGUGGGAGAAGUUGAGCGUUGAGGCCUAG